AGUACUUGUAGAAUCUGCUGUGGUUUGACAUUUCACAUUGAUUUUUAAAUCAAAUCUUACAAAUACAGACUGAAGAGUUGAAAAGCAGCUUUUGUUGAUUUUUUCUUUUUUUUAUUAUUGUUAGAUAUUUGAGAACAAGAGAAAGUUGUUGCCAUGGAUAAAAAUGACAGAUCAUCCACACCACAGCCAGUUGCCGAUCAACAGCCUGCAACCGAUGCGGCCGGUAAUGCGACAAAUCAUAAUCAGCAAUCGUCUGCGCAACCCCAAUGUAAGAAGCCUCGAACAGAUCUAAGCUCACUGCCCACUCGUCAAUAUUUAGACCAAACGGUAGCACCGAUACUAUUACACGGUUUGCAGACACUAGCACGAGAACGACCAGCAGACCCCGUAAGUUUUUUAGCGGCUUAUCUGCUGAAAAACAAAAAUCGCUGUGAAGAAUCGUUACCAGAAAAUAUUUAGAUUAGAGAAUUGGAAUAUGGAUUAGCGCAAGUAAAACUCAAAAUUCAAAAAAUGCAUAGUAUUUAAGAUGAAAUCCAGCUUUCCUUUAUUUCGCGUUCGCGCGUCCAAUUUAACUUUCUCUUCUAAUCUUGCACGAUUUAUAAACAUAAAUCUUAGUAAUUGUAUUUUAAUAGUUUGAGAAAAUCUAUCUGACUUUGCUCGAUCAUGAAUGUUUAUGUACAAAUAUAGGCUUACAAAAUAAAUA